AGCGCCGCCCAGCACACCACAGCGCUGUCCCCUCCCCGCCGUGCCGGCGAGCUUCACCUCCCGCCGACGCAAGCGAGCCACCUCCGAAGAAUUCUCGCCCACUACUCCUCCUCGUCUCCCUCCUCCUCGCCUCUACCGCGAUGGCGUCGGGCGGAGAUCCAUCCGGGUUCGCUGAUGCGAGCAAAACUAAAAAAUCAGAAGGAUCAUCCAACGAAGGUCAAGGGGUUCCUCCAUCUGCAGCUGCAGGACUUUCAGGCCCUUUCGAUUUUUCCUCUAUGCAAAAGUUGCUCAAUGAUCCAUCUAUAAAGGAGAUGGCAGACCAAAUUGCAAGGGACCCCGCAUUCAAUCAGAUGGCCGAACAGCUACAGAAAGGUGCUCAGAGUACAGGAGAACAAGGCUUGCCUGCAAUGGACCCUCAUCAAUACCUUGAAACAAUGCAAAAGGUCAUGGAAAAUCCUCAGUUUAUGACAAUGGCUGAGCGUCUUGGGACUGCUCUGAUGCAGGAUCCUGGUAUGUCCAGUAUGCUGGAGAACAUGACUAGUCCAGCACAUAAGGAGGAUCUUGAAGAGCGCAUGUCUCGUAUUAAGGAUGACCCAGCCUUGAAGCCAAUUCUUGACGAGUUAGAGAACAGUGGUCCUGCUGCAAUGCUAAAGUUCUGGAAUGACCCUGAAACUCUUCAAAAGAUUGGCCAGGCAAUGGGAACUGCUAUGCCAUUCCCCAAUAUCUCCAUUCCUGAACCUUCUGGUACCGAAGAAACUGAAGAGGAAGGUGAAGACGAAGAUGAGGAGUCCAUCGUCCAUCACACUGCCAGUGUUGGGGAUGAUGAGGGUCUGAAGAAGGCUCUAGAUGGUGGAGCAGACAAGGAUGAAGAAGACUCUGAGGGAAGAAGGGCCAUACACUUUGCAUGUGGAUAUGGUGAGUUCAAGUGUGCGCAAAUCCUCCUUGAGGCGGGUGCUGCAGUAGAUGCUGUGGAUAAGAACAAGAACACCCCACUGCAUUACGCAGCCGGCUAUGGUCGGAAAGAGUGUGUGGAUCUUCUGCUGAAGCACGGUGCUGCUGUCACGCUCCAAAACAUGGAUGGGAAGACGCCCAUUGAUGUUGCCAAGCUCAACAACCAGAACGAAGUCCUCACGCUGCUUGAGAAGGAUGCGUUCCUGUAAAUCGCUUCACUUCCCUCCCGUAGAUGGAGACCUGGACAUUUAGUUCCAUCAUACUUUACAUUCCUUGGCAUUGGCCGGAUAGUCAUAUAUACUCGAAAAGUCAGUUUAUUCUUUGUGUAAGAGAAUCUGCUACGUGUGCUAGCUAAGCCUGCAGGCAUACUGGCUUAGGUUUAGACUGUUUACUGUCUAUGGUGACAUGUGUAUUCACUUCGUUUCUGUUGAUUUCACCAAGUAAUCAAGAUCGUGUGUCGACAGAUUA